AUGUUUUCUCUUUGCAGGAACGCCCAAUCUGCGGGUCUUCUCUUCUUAUUAGCAUCGACAUGGGCACCCUUGGCCAAAGCCCUGGAUAUCGAAUACUGUGCCAACUUCAACACUGGCGAGACUUCCAGCAACUACAGUAUAUACCAGACCAACGGCCUGUGUCAUGAUCACUGUUUCGACGACUAUGCCUACGCCAUCACCCAAGGCAAGCUGUGCUGGUGCUCAAACUAUGCCCCUGUCAAGUCGGUACAAGAGAGUGAUUCCAAAUGUGAUACUCCCUGUCCCGCAUGGCCUAAAGAGGUCUGUGGUGGUGAUGGUGUAUAUGGCUAUAUCAACCUUGGCAACAUAGAGCCAUCUGGAUCUCGAGGACCUUCUCCCUCAUCAACCAAAGCAAUAUCAACUACCAUGGCCGUGUCCAGAGUGACUGAGACGGUACAGAACACAGUGACAGUGAAGCCGUCAACCAAGUCGACAUCCACGUCGAUAACCUCCACGACGCCAGAAAGCUCAACUACAGAAGAAGACCAAUCCUCUACUGAAGCAUCUGCGACCAAGGCCACUUCGACCGAUGACGAAGAAGCCACCUCAGCUAGCGUGACAGACCAGCCAUCGUCUAUUGUGCAAACUGUCACUGCAGGGGGUACUGUCAGGACGGUGACUGUCUUGCCGACACAGCAGACGGCUGGAACAUCGGCAAACGAAAACACACCUGAGACAACUGACAAGAGUGGACUCGGCACUGGCCAGGUUGUUGGCAUUGUGGUGGGUGUUAUCGCUGCCGUCAUCCUUGCCGCAGGUGUGGUGUUGUUCCUCUGGUUCCGUCGCAAGAAGCAGCAAAAUGAGCAGGAAGCUUAUCGGGACGACCCCAGUAUCCGAGAUAGUUCCUCUGGUAUUGCUCAGCGACCCGACAUGAGCACAACCGGUGGCUCACCAAUUGCAUCAGCCGCCGCAGGCAGUCGCAACAGUACUCUACAGGUCGAUCCGCGAAUGGAUCCAUUUAAGCAAGGCCUGUACGUCCGAAGCGCAAGCCACGAGAGUAUCAACACUUUGCGCGACGAUCACGACUAUUCGAGGAGGAUCCAAGCACCCAAAGUACUUCGUGCAACCAACCCCGAUCCAACGUCGGAACCUUGA